AAAUCAAGAUAAAGGAAGACCAGGGAAAUUAUACAGCGCUUAAAGAGACGACUAUUGAAAAAAAAGAAAAAGAAAAUAAUGAAUCUCCAAAUGAACGUGCUUCAGGUGUUACAAUAGUAAUUAUUUUUAUUGGAGAAUAUGAUGGACUCCAUUUUGACUUUCUGGAUUGA